AAGGAAGGGAAAUGAAUAGAUGUUGGGAAAAACAAAUGGGUAAAAAAAUUUUCGACUAAAAUUAGGUCAAAUAGGUCAUUAUUUCAGAGACGGAGGGAGUAGUAUCAAGUAGAUUAAUUUGACUUUAAUGUUUUUUUUUUUUUUUUUAAAACACAUUGAUUUGACCUCAAUAUAAAAGCACUUUCUUCCUUAAAAAAAAAAAAAAAAAAAAAAAAAAAAAAAAAAAAAAAAAACCACUUUCUUACUCGUAAAAAAAAAAAAAAAACCUCUCAUACGGUAAAACUAGUACUGUAAACAAAUUCACCGUCUCCCAUGCUAUUUCAUUACUGGCUAAUCGCUUGGCACAAUCAAUAAUUAGUUAAUCACUUUUUUUAAAAAAAAUUUUUUUACUCUUCAUCUUUUUCACCGUUACACUUUCGAUACUUGUACAAAGACUACCCUAAACAUAAAUACCAUACUUAUAGGAGUAUUUUUAUAACCUGAAGUUUAAAUUUCCAAUACAUGUAAUAAAUUACAAUUAAAUUAUUACUGUAUAAGGUAUUUCACAACCACUAUAAAUAACAGCCCUUCACACUUCUUCUCCCUCACCAAAUCACCCUUCCAUCUUCUUCUUCAUCAUCCUUUAACCUAACAACUUUUUCUUCUGCUAAAAAAAAAAAAAACCCAAAAAAAAUGUCAGUAGAAGCUUUAGCAACGAAUUUCUCAUUGCUACCAACAGCAUCAUCCCUUCUUUCAGCACCCAUUUUCCUUUCAUUUGCAGCAUUUCUGUCCCUUUUCACCAUAUUCCUGUACCCAGGUGGCUUAGCAUGGUCUCUUUCCGCUGUCAAAAACAACCGAAGCGGCAACGGUAAGUCCGCUUCGGCUAUCCCUGGACCAACCGGGUUACCCCUUGUUGGUCUCGGCCAUGUUUUCGCUUCCGAAAAAACUCACCGAAUUUUAUCCAGUGUUGCUACAAGCCUUAAGGCUACGCCCUUGAUGGCUUUCUCAGUCGGGUUGACUCGCUUUGUGAUAGCAAGUGAGCCAGAGACUGCUAAAGAGAUUUUGAACAGUUCUGAGUUCGCUGAUCGUCCUAUUAAGGAGUCGGCUUAUGAGCUUCUCUUUAACAGGGCUAUGGGCUUCGCUCCCUUCGGCGAUUACUGGAGGAAUCUCCGUAGGAUAUCCGCAACAUACUUGUUCAGCCCUCGAAGAAUCUCCAACUUCGGAGGAUUCCGUCAGGAAAUCGGUAACAAGAUGGUCAGCCAGAUUAACACUUUGAUGGGUGAAGAGGGUAAUGUUGAGAUCAAAAAUGUAUUGCAUUUCGGAUCGUUGAACAAUGUUAUGAUGAGUGUGUUCGGAAAGAGUUACGAUUUCUUUGGUAAGAGAACCGAGGAAGCUGAUAACCUUGAGGAGUUGGUGAAGGAGGGUUAUGAAUUGCUGGGUAUUUUCAACUGGGGUGACCAUUUUACCCCUCUAAGGUGGUUGGAUUUACAAGGAGUAAGGAGAAGGUGUAAGAAUUUAGUUGGUAAGGUGAACAAGUAUGUUGGUAAUGUGAUUGAAGAGCACAGAGCAUUGAGGAGUGAGAAGGUUGAUGAUGAUUCAAAGGAUUUCGUUGAUGUUCUUCUUGAUUUGGAAGAUGGAGAGAACAAGCUUUCUGACUCUGACAUGAUUGCUCUUCUUUGGGAAAUGAUCUUUAGAGGAACAGAUACAGUUGCAAUCCUAUUAGAGUGGACUCUAGCAAGGAUGGUGGUGCACCCUGACAUUCAAGCCAAGGCUCAAGCCGAAAUCGACAGCGUAGUCGGAGCCAACAGGCAAGUCGCCGACUCAGACCUCCCCAACCUACCAUACCUCCAAGCCAUCCUCAAGGAGACAUUGAGAGUCCACCCACCAGGCCCACUUCUAUCAUGGGCUCGUCUUUCCAUCCACGACACCCACGUGGGUCCACACUUUGUCCCAGCCGGAACCACCGCUAUGGUCAACAUGUACGCCAUCACCCACGACGAGAAGAUCUGGUCGGACCCCAACGAGUUCAAACCCGAGAGGUUCAUGGAGGAGGAUGUUCCAAUCAUGGGUUCAGACCUGAGGUUGGCACCUUUCGGAGCAGGACGUCGUGUCUGCCCCGGAAAGGCAAUGGGUAUGGCUACUGCUCAGCUGUGGUUGGCUCAGAUGCUUCAGAACUUCAAGUGGGUUCCAACCGAGGACGGUGUGGACUUGACCGAGUGUCUCAAGCUUUCAAUGGAGAUGAAGUCGUCUUUGGUAUGCAAGGCUGUUCCUAGGAUCUCUGCUUAAAUCAACUAGUCUUAUGUGUGUGUGCUAUUAUAGCCACUAGUAGUACUUUUAAAUAAGGACUAACAUAAGUGAUCUUUCUCCAUAAUUUUGCACAUUUCGGAAAUAGAGAAAUUGUCACAUAGAUUAAAGCUUUCGAACUUAGUAGUUUGUUAGCUUUAGAUGGUUGGUAAAUUAAUAAAAUGUGUAGUUUGUUCGAAAACCAAAAAUUAAUGUUAAU